UUAGGAACGUUUCUAGAACGCAUUGCACUGAGAUACACCUGUACUCACACUGUGUCCGUCAAAACGAUCUUUGUUUUCUCUCAAGCUAGGACUUGUCAUAUUCGACACGCCUCGUGUAAUGGUGGCAACGGGGGAGGGGGUGAAGGUGACGGGGUGGCAGCCAGGAGGGCACUUUCCCUUUCUCCAAAACUUUGCAGCCUUCCAGCCGAGACACCUUCCGCUCAUUCUUUUCUCUGCCUCAACUCUAACUGUUCACCUACUCCCCGGGCCCCCACUCCUCACCACGCUCUGGGCGCUCCCUCUCGCGUCCCCGUGUCUACUUUCAGCUCACUCUCGCCCUCCUCCUUCCCGACCCUCCGCCGCGCUGCGCGCCCACCCGGGGAACGCAGCUCAGCCACCCGCAGACUGCGCGCCCCGUCGCGGCCCGAGGCUCCGGGGCAUGCGCUCUGCGGCGCCGCCGCCCUCCCCCACCCCCUUCCCGCGGCAGAGUUAUGCCAAGUAUGUGAGGAGCCCGCGAGGGCCAGCGCCGGUCAUGGGGAGCCGCCGCCGUCGCCGCCGCCUCCGCGAGCGCAGAUUCUUCCCGAACUGGGCUCCGUCCUCUUCCCGCAUAGGGGGCGAGCCUGGCUGUUGAGGCGGAGGGGGAUGGCGGACCCUCUGAGGAGGACGCUGUCCAGGCUCCGGGGGAGGCAGAGUCCCCGCGCCGCCGGGGGGCUCGGGCUCCGGGCGGCGGCUGCAGCUACUGUGGCGGCCUCCGCGGUUGCCGAAGGAGACGCUGGCCGUGCCCCGGACCCCUGCCCAUGCGAGCACGCCCGCGGAGUCCGGCCGAGCUGGGAGCAGCCCCCGCCGUCGCCGCAGGCGUGGGUUCCCGAGGCGCGGGUCCCGGGAGGACGCCCGGAGCAGUGGGGAGCGCUCGGGCCUCGUCAGCGCGGCGGGAAGGAGGCCCUCUCCUCGGGUCGCGGGCUCACUCGCCCCUGUCUGCCACGCCCCGCCGGGCUCCGAAGGCAGCGGAGACGAGGAGGACGACCGGGAGGACGACGCCGACUACUACGAGAACCUGCCCGGCGGCUCCCAGUCGGCGCCCAAGCCUGAGGGGGCGGAGGCGGAGCGGUGGCC